AUGGGUAUUGAGCUAGCAGAUCAGUACUACGUUGAAAAGGAAAGAAACGUCAAAUAUCAAUGGCUAGUAUUUGCCCUUAGUUUAGUGCAAAUAUUUGCUUAUGGCCUUUUCUUUCAUCACAUUCCCCGUAUAAUUAGGCUCUACAAAAUGGAGUACCCUAGAGUUUAUAAAGUCAUGUUGGGGUAUAUGAAAGUGUGGAACGCUUUGGCAACCAAAUUUAGAUUUAAGAACCCAUGGGAAAAGAACAGUUAUAUAUACUUCACUCCUGCUUAUAGCUUACUACUCUUAGGUUUCGUCACUAUGAUGGGUAGGUUUUCCUAUCUCGAGACAAAAGAUAUCAAUUACGAACCUCGGUAUUACAUUAUUGCUAAACGUGUAGGUCGUAUCGGUAUUGGUAUUCUACCUCUAGUUUAUUUGUUUGUUAUUAAGAGUGAUUUGGUUAGAGCUGUGAGUGGUUUGGACCAUGCGCAAUUGGCUUUCUUUCACAAGGUUGUGGCUAGAAUUUUAAUCUUAUUCCAAACGCUUCACGUUAUUCUUUCAGCCAUUUAUUGGAAUAGUAUUGGGUUCCCUCAAUUCCUAAAAAUUCCUCCUCAAAUAUUUGGGUGGAUUGCUUUCACUUGCUUGGGUCUUAUAGGUCUUCAGAGUGUCAAGAUAUUCAGAAACUUGUGGUUUGAAGUCUUUUUAGUUCAGCAUAGAAUUCUAUCUUUCAUCAUGCUCUUGUUUGCUUACUUUCAUAGUAAAGGAAAUCAUGCCAUUAUUAUUGUAUCAGUCCAUGCCUUAGUUCUUGACAGGAUCAUUGCCAGAGUCUAUGUUUUCUUGUACAAGUAUAAGAGCCCUACAAAAGGAAUGGCGAAAUUCCGUGUCUUGGAUGAUACUACUAUUUCAAUGACGUUACCUACAAAUGAAUACGAUAACCGUAAAUGGUACCAUACCAUCUUUCCUGGUCUUGGAUGUUGGAGAGCAGGGCAUCAUGUAUACUUAACAGUUAGCAAAAUCAGUCUCUUUCAACAACAUCCCUUCACUGUUGUUAGCCUUGGAAAUAAGGGUAAGUUGUCCUUGUUAAUCAAAGUGAAGAAGGGAUUCACGUUGAAACUAUACAAAAAGUUGCAAAAUCUUGAAGAACCUUCAAACAUGUCUCAAGACGAAGAUAAGGAUUAUGUUUCUCUCAAGGCAACGUUUCAUGGUCCGUAUGGCGUUCCCUUACAACCAUUGCAACAAUUUGAUACUAGUAUGUUUAUUGGUGCUGGUUCUGGAGGUUCUUUUACAUUUCCUGUGGCCAUUGAUUUGAUUGAAACUAUUGUCCGUAUCAAGGAAGCCAAUCCUGGUAUAGCAACAUACUUCAAGCAAACCAAUAUUUUGGUAGUCUGGAUAGUUCCAAAGAAAGAAAACACCUGUUGGUAUCUGGAAGAGUUAGCAACGUUAAACAGGUAUGCUAACCAAUAUCGUGACUUAAUAGAUAUCUCUGUUGAUCUUUAUAUCACCAGAGAACCUGAUCCUGCUAUUGAUUUCUCAUUGACCGAGUCUGAUGGAGGACUCUUAAAAGACGAAAUGAAGGAACCACGAGAUCAGAAGCCAAAUACCGCUAAAUAUACCGUUUCAGAAACUAAAUUUGUUAUUCAGACUGAAUCUUCCAUGUCUAGUGAAUUAGAUAUCAUCAACUACCAUUAUGGAAGACCUAAUAUUGAUCGUUAUCUCGAUGAACUGGUGGCUGAAUUACAAUGCAACAGUAGGUACUCCUACGGUAGUAUGGCUGUUAUCACCUGUGGUCCAAGUCAAAUGACCGAAUCAGUCGUUUACAAGUGCCAACGUAUAAGGAACCAUAUUGGUGCCCCAGAUUUAGCACGUAUUCGACAAGCGUGUGAUACGUGUCGGAUUAAGAAACGUAAAUGUGAUGGGAAUCGACCUUUAUGUAACGUUUGUGCUGACUUAAGAGUGAUAUGUUCUUACUCUCCAUUGGAAAAGAAACGUGGGGUCAGAACCGGACUUUUACACGAACUUGAACGGAAAUGUCAGUUAUACGAAUCGCUAUUGGGUAAGUUAGUAAUGCGAGAACAAGCUGCUGGAGGGAAGCAAGUGAAAUUAGAUUCUUUGGUGAAAGAAUUUUCUGAUGAAAUUGAUAACCCCCAUUCAGAUGAUAUAUUGGAGCUGCAGAAAACUUGGUAUUUAAGUAUAAUAAGAGCCAAAUUUGAAAAGGUUACUAGAACCUAUGAAGGUGCCAAAUCCAGACGUAAAUCACAUUCAAAUCUGUCUGGUAAUAAUGAAACUAAUUCAAGAGUCAUCAAUUUAUUUGGAGUUAAUGCAAUUAAUGUUAAUAAUUCGUCUGCUUCAAAUUGGGAGCCUAAGGCGUUAGAGUUUCCUGAAUUGACAGGCUCAAUUUCGGGGUUCACUCCUCUGGCUAUUAAAGAUUUCAAUUCUGAACUUGGUCCUGAUUUCCCUUCCCCAUUUAGAGUUGGUUCCUUUUGUCAUUUAUACAAGGCUACAGCUUCAAUUCCUCCAUCUGAAUUAGUGGAAUUCCCAGUUAACUUUGCAGAGACUUUUAAUAGCUUUUUCCACUGUGUUCAUAUGUGGCUUCCAAUUGUUAAUCGAGAUUAUCUCUUGAAGUUUAUUGGUCGGUUCAAUGAAGUGGCAGAUCAACCAGAUCCAUUAAUUAAUGGUUCUAUGGAAUAUAGUACUGUUGGCUUAUUGUGGAUUAUUACUGCUUUAGGUCGCUACUUUGUUGAUCUCAAGGCUAAUCAAGUUGAUAUUCUGACCUCAAAGAAGUAUGCUAAUAAUGCAAUGACUUCCUUGAGAUAUUCAGUAUCUACUACGUUGGAUUCUAUUCAAACAUUAUUACUUGUAGGUUAUUAUUAUUAUUUAAUUGGUGAAUGGGAUCAAGCAUGGGUCAUACUUUCUUCAUCUUCAAGAAUGGCUGUUGAUGUUAGAUUGAUAAACAAGGAUCCCGAAAUACCUAAUCCUGGUUCCCAACCAUUACCACCUCCAGAUGUUUGGAAUAUGAGAACUUGGGGAGGUGCCCUUAUUUUGAAUACUUUGAUAUCUGCACGAUUAGGAAGACAAACAGUCAUUCGUUCAGUUGAUUGGCCAAACAUAUCCAUACCAAUCGAUGGUUGGGAAGAAACAGCACCAUGGUCUGAAACCACUGGAAAAAAGGAUCAAGAAACUUUAUAUGUGGAAAACUCAAGGUGUCUCACAACAUUUAAUUGUGUCCUUAAAGUCAUUACUACAUUGAAUUUGGCUCUAACAUCCAAUUUUGAUACUGUGGGAGUUCAUGAUGGUUUAUUUGCAUCUAGUAUGAUCACAUUUGAUUAUCUUGAGUCACAAAUGAAACAAAUGGAAGAAAUGUUCCCAUCACAUUUGAAAUUAGAUGGGGUAGGAUCAAUUGAAGAAGGCAGUGUUUUGCCUCCACAUUUUAUUUUCCCCUCCAUGCUUUAUAAUAUGGCUUUAAUAAUUACUGCCCUUAGAAUGAGCCAUGUUGCAAAGGAAGAAGGUUAUCAAUAUACACGACUCCAAAGAGAUCGGUGUUAUAGUAAAGGAGUUAAUGGAUUAGUGAAUAUCUUGAAAUUCCAAUCACGUUUGGUACUUUCUCGGAUUCCAUUUUUAGACUACUUUAUAACUAUUUGCUUAUGUGCACCUUCCAUGUUAGCUUCUCAAGGAGUUUCAGUGACUUCAGUUACUCUAUUCAAUAUGAAAUUAUUGGGGUAUACCAGUAAAUUCUCUCGUUCGUGUGAAAUUGCAAACAGAAUAAUACAACUUCAAGAAGCUGAAAGAAGAAAAGCAAACAACGAAACUGGUGUUGUGGCACCUCCAACAACACUUAAUGAUUUUAGAGUUGGAUCAUUAGUAACCGAUCCAAGGUUUCAAAAUUUCAACACCGUUUAUCAACCUAAACAAGUUUAA